GCCAUCCCUGGGCGGCUGCUGCAGAGUGGCAGAGAUUGCUAGCUUUGCGGCUCCCCCCUGCCAUGAGCAGUGGUGCGCUCCCAGAUCUCAGGCAGGCUCGGCAGCUUGCAGGGCUCAGUCUCACACCAGCCUUUGUAAGGAGCUCUGCAACUUUAAUUCUCCAGCAAACUGGGGCUGAGGAUUAUUACUGCCAGUCCGGGGACAUUACUGCACACUAUACAAAUGGAUGGGAUUUUUGCACUCUUGGCAUGUGUGCUGACUGCUGAAGCAGUGAUUGGGUUUGGAACCGACUCCGAAUUACAAAUUGACAUCAUUUCGGAACUAGAACUCGAGAACAGUACAAGGGGAAUCACACAAGUGUUUGGCACUCACAAUGGAAGCAAAGCUUUCUUAUUUCAAGAUGCGGAGAGAGAGAUCCACGCAGCCCCACACGCUAGUGAAAAGGUGAUCCGGUUAUUCAGGAAUAAGAGCGAGUUCACUUUCUUGGCUUCCAUACAGCAGAAGUCCUCGUCGUCCGGAAUCAUCCUCUCCGUGCGAGAGAUGGAGCACAGCUUCUUUGAACUGGAAAGCAGCGGCUUACGGGAUGAAAUCCGGUACCACUACAGAUUUAAUGGGAAAUCGAAAACCGAAGCGUUUCCAUAUCGACUGGCGGAUGGGCAGUGGCACAAAAUCGCUCUGACGGUCAGCGCAACUCAUGUCUUACUGCACGUAGACUGCAACAAGAUCUAUGAGCGAGUGAUCGAUCCGCCAGAGACCAACCUGUCGCCAGGGAGCAGCGUAUGGCUCGGACAGCGCAAUAGGAAACAUGGCUUCUUUAAGGGAGUGAUUCAAGAUGUGAAACUUAUAUUCAUGCCGAACGGAUACAUAAUGCAAUGUCCAAAUCUGAAUCGCACAUGCCCGACCUGCAGUGAUUUCCUGAGCCUUGUGCAAGGUAUUAUGGAUUUACAGGAGCUGCUGGCAAAACUCACCGCUAAACUAAAUUAUGCAGAGACCAGGCUCAGCCAGCUGGAAAGUUGUCACUGUGAGAAGACUUGUCAAGUACAGGGUGUGAUCUACAGGGACAGAGACUCAUGGGUAGACGAUGACCACUGCCGAAACUGUACCUGUAAGAGUGGCGCUGUUGAGUGCAGACGGAUGUUGUGCCCCCCUCUUAAUUGUUCUCCAGAUUUCCUCCCUGUCCAUGUUCCAGGGCAGUGUUGUAAGAUUUGCAGACCCAAAUGUACUUAUGGAGGAAAAGUCCUGGCUGAAGGUGAGCGGAUCCUGACUGUGAGCUGCCGGGAAUGUAAAAACGGAGCGUUACAGAAGGUAACAGAGCCUUGCCCGCCACUGAACUGCUCAAAAGAGGAUCAAAUUCUCCCAGAGAACAAGUGCUGCUUUGUGUGCCAAGGUUAUGACUUUUGCGCAGACGGACACCGCUGUGGAGAAAAUUCUGAAUGUAAAAACUUGAUCACCAAAGCCAGGUGUGACUGUCGCAGUGGAUUUGUGCCCCUGCAGGGAGACCCGGCCUAUUGUGAAGACAUUGAUGAAUGUGCGGCCAAAAUGCAUUACUGCCAAGAUAACACAGUGUGCGUCAAUUUACCGGGAUCUUACCGCUGUGACUGCGUACCCGGUUACACCCGUGUGGAUGACUUCUCCUGUACAGAACAUGAUGAAUGUGGAAACGGAGAAAGCGACUGUGACAAGAAUUCCAUCUGUACAAACUCGGUGCAGGGACACAGUUGUACAUGCAAACCUGGAUAUGUGGGGAAUGGCACUUUCUGUCGGGCAUUCUGCGAGGAGGAGUGCCGGUACGGAGGAACUUGUGUGGCCCCCAACAAAUGUGCUUGUCCCCCCGGAUUUACAGGAACCCACUGUGAGAAAGAUAUUGAUGAGUGUGCAGAGGGAAUCAUUGAGUGUCACAACCACUCCCGCUGUGCUAACCUCCCAGGGUGGUACUACUGUGAGUGCAGAAGCGGCUUUCAUGACAAUGGGACCUACUCCAUGUCUGGGGAGUCCUGUGUUGACAUUGAUGAAUGCACGCUAAGGACGCACACGUGUUGGAAUGAUUCAGCUUGCGUGAACUUAGAAGGCGGCUUUGACUGUCUCUGCCCAUCUGGGCCAUCGUGUACUGGGGACUGUCCUCAUGAAGGUGGACUGAAACGCAACGGCCAAGUCUGGACUUUAAAGGAAGACAGAUGUUCUGUCUGUUCCUGCAAGGACGGGAGGAUAUUUUGUCGUAGGACAGCCUGUGACUGCGGGAACCCGAGCGUGGAUCUAUUCUGCUGCCCGGAGUGCGACACCAGAGUCACCAGCCAAUGUCUGGAUCAACAUGGCCGUAAACUUUACCACAGUGGUGACAAAUGGAUCUACAGCUGCCAACAGUGUCGCUGCCUGGCCGGGGAGGUGGACUGCUGGCCGCUGGGCUGCCCGGCGAUAAGCUGCGAGUACACAGCCAUCUCGGAGGGUGACUGCUGCCCGCACUGCGUGGAUGACCCCUGUCUAGCAGAUAACAUCGCGUACGACAUCAGGAAAACCUGUCUGGACAGUCACGGAAUCACACGACUCGCCGGCUCUGCGUGGACGAUGCCCGGAUCUCCGUGUACAACCUGCAAAUGCAAGAACGGGAGUGUGUGUUGCUCGGUGGACCUGGAAUGUCUUCACAAUAACUAAAGCUGUAAACUACGGACUCUGGCAGGAGAGCAGUGAGCGACGCGGUCACAUCUAUAAAGGGAGAGUGUGUGUGUGUGAGUCAAUGAUUUCUACAACAGAACAAUUACCAAAGUCUCCGCGUAGAGGAAGAUAUUUAGCGGUUGACUGGGGACCUUCUAUCACGUCUAAUUAUGUCGCCCCUGGGUGGGCGAAGUUGCUGUUGUGACAAGGAUCCUUGCUCUAAGCUCCAGCAAAACACGUCAUGACCUCCAUGUUGUAAAACGUUUACUUGCCCCAUCAGCAAAGACUUUCAAUUAGUUACUUGUAAAUUUCGGGUGUCUAUUCUUGGUUUUUCUCCCCUCCCCCCUUCUUCCGCCUCGGGACCCCGCCAUAGAAUUACUGGAAGACCUCAACGUUCAUCUCAUCACUUGACUAUGUAUAAAGGUCCCUGCCUGGUGUAUUUAUGGAAAUAUGUAUGUAUGUACAGCGAACGGCAGAGCAUCUUUAUUUAAUAGCUUAUUUCCUAACCCAGUGGCUCAAAAAAAUAUUGUACAAAACAUGAAAAAAAAACAAAAAAAACAUUCCAAGCUUCCUAGAUAAGGGAUACGGUCUGCGGCGUUGGACCUACACCACCAGAUACUGCGUUACUGUGCACAAGACUAUUCUAGCUGCAGAAGGCUCAAACAACGCGAGAAACCAACCUCAUCUCAUAGUAACAUUUCUGCACAAAGUCGCCUCUUGGAACCCUGCCUUCAUGUAACACAGCUGGUACCCGGAUGGCCUGGAGGCUCCGCUUCGUGCGACCUGUGGCUAUCGCAUUCGUUUUUCAUAACAAAGGACAUCAACAUCUAAACAGAUACGAAGACAUAAUGCGCAAAGCUUUGCUCUGGUGGAUGAUCCUAUAACAAGAUACUGAAGUGUAUAAACAUUUUCACAUAGCAAUUAUUUUCCGAAUGACAAAGUGUCCAACUAAAUAAAGUCACAUUACGUCCUUGGGGAAUGAUGGAAAUGCUUUAAAGCAACAUUACUGUCUGGAUAUUACUAUUUCCAUUCUCAUUUUCCUCUGUAAUCACAAUAAAAGCUUUUUUUUAAAUCAUUUCUAGGUUUCCCAAUGUCAUUUUAUGUCCUUCUACAUUGCGCCCCAAUCUGAGUGCAGGAAUCCGUCGCGAACGCAUCUCCGCACUGGAACCCUUCUAUGCCCCUUCGGGGAGGAACGCUCAGACAGUAAUGCUGCUUUAAAGGACUUUCACCAUGACCGGUCUAUAAUAAGUCUUCUUGUACAUGUAAUAUAUAUUUUACAUAAAGGUUUACACAAACACUACACAAGAGUUAAAUAAAACAAUGGAACCAAUUGAAAAAGAA